AUGGCACAAUGGUGGUACAACACCAGUUUUCAAACAAGCUUAAAUAUCACACCCUUUGAAGCCUUGUAUGAAUAUGCACCACCAAAGUUUGGGAUAAAUUCAGCAGCACAAGGGGUUCAUCCUGAUAUAGAUGACUACAUAGAGCAGAGGCAAUCCAUGAAACAACUACUGAAGGGAGCUUUGGAAGAAGCUCAACAUAGAAUCAAAAGCCAAGCUGAUAAGAAAAGGACAGAGAGGUCAUUUGCAGUGGGAGAUUGGGUAUACUUAAGGUUACAACCAUAUAGACAGACUUCAGUCCAACUGAGAAGGAAUUUGAAGCUAUCAGCUAAAUUCUUUGGGCCUUAUCAGAUUGAAGCAAAAGUUGGCCAAGUGGCCUACAAGUUGAAGUUACCAGCUGAUUCCAAAAUCUACCCAACCUUUCAUGUAUCACAGCUUAAACCCAAACUAGGGAAGGGAACAUUGCCACAAACAACUAUAUCUCAGCUGUCUAAAGGAGGAGAGAUAAAGGUAAGACCCUUACAGGUGCUGGAGUCAAGAGUUAUCAAGAAGAAUAUCUGCUCAGUCAAGAAAGUAUUGAUUCAGUGGGAAGGAAUGGAGAACUCUGAAUCUACUUGGGAGGACAAGCAAGCUAUAAAAGUUCAGUUUCCAAAAGUGAUUCUUGAGGACAAGAAUCUAAAGGAGGGAGAUCCUUUGCCAUAG